UUUUAUUUUGUUUUGUACUGGACAUGCUAAUAUGCGAACGUGAGUUACAUAUUUAUGAUUUUCCCGCUUACUAAUUUUUAAAACUUUUUUUUAUGUGUGUUCUCUUUACUUAACAUAGUUAGAACUGCUCUGGUCAUUGUAAUCUAGUUUGAAACCUACUUUCGCGGCAUUUUUACUUAUAAUGUUACAUUAACUUGAAUCUAUAAAAAUAUUGCCAAAAUGCCUGCAAAUCAGCCUCCUUCUGCUUCCAACUCACAAUCUUCUUCCUCCAGUCAGAGCAAAAGUAGUACAUUAGUACGUUCCAAGAGUUUGAGAUUAUCUUCUUCUAAACCUAAACUUGAUUCAGGCACUAGCAGCCUAACUCGUCAUGGAAGCAUCAGAGCACCCAAGACCCAAUCUUCUACUACAAUUACUAAACCUCCAUUUUCAAUGUUUAGGAAACCAGCAGUAAAACCUAAGCCAUCAUUUUUCAAUUCUAAAAGUAAUGAAAAUUUAGAUGGUAACUCAGCAAAAUCUAAGCCAAAUGUAGAAAUCGAUAAAAGAAUGACUACUAGUGCAUGUUUCUCGCCUACAAAACAUAGUGAUAAUCGUAACACUGGAUUGACUGAUACUCAUAGAACACCAUCUGAUUCUCCAACAAGUCUAUAUAGUGAUAAAAGCCAUUCUCAAGAAGCAAAUUCAUGGUGUAAUUCAGAUCUAGUUUCUCAUCUUAGGAGACUAACAGAAGAACAUGAGAAACUUCAAGUGGAACAUGCUAGACUUAGAAUGCAAUUGUUAGAAAAUGUACCUGUUUCUAAUUUGAGAAAAGACCAACAACACCUGUCACAAUCAGAUUCUCAUUUAGCUUCCAUACCUGAAAAUUCUCCAGAUGGAUCCACAUCAUUCCCUGAAAAUGAUCAAUCCCAAGCUCAGGCUCAAGAAGUCAUCAUUCAGAAUUGUCGUUCUGAAGUACUUAAGUUACAAGAAGAAAAUAGGAAACUGCAGAGGAAAUAUUGGGAGCAAGUUCUCAAUUCAGAGCUUGUUGAAGAUGAAGCUUGCAAUGGUGCUUCUCAACAAAUUGUUGACUUAAUUGAUAAAUUAGAUAGUAAAGAGAAAGAAUUGUUAGAAGCAAGUGGUAGAGUGCAAGAGUUAGAGAACCAUUUGGCAGCAACUAAUUUAGAACUUCAGCAAUGUCAAGAUGCCCUUCAAGAUCAACAGCAUAGAUUAGAAGAAUCCUUACUUCAUCGUGAUGAAUUGAUGAAACAGCUUAAGGAACACAGAAGAGCUCUUAGUGAAGCUCAAGAAAAUAUUGACUUCUUACAAAUAGAGAGAUCAACUUUAGCUGAGACUUUCCAAGAAACAGAACAAUCUUUGCAGGCUACAAAAGCAGAGUUGUUCAAAGCUCAUAGCAAAGCAAAUGAAUUAAUGGAUCAUACUCGUAAAAUGUACCUCAAAAUUAAAGAUAAAGACUUACAGGUUCAAUUGUUAAGAGCUGAACUUGAUCGAACCCAGGGCAAUUGUCGCGAUAUGCUACUCAGCCAAGGAGCAGAGCUUACUAUGAUAUCUAUGCACCUUUCUCAGCUGUCCAUGACUGUACAUUCCAUUCUUACUGCUGCUGCUGAUUUUGCUGCUAGUGAAUUAUCUCUACAGAAAGAAAUGUUGGAAGAAGUGAUGGCUGAAUGUGAUAGUGAAGGUGAACGAAAUGAAUCUCCUAAAGAGAAUGGAUUUCUGAAAUCUGAUUUUCAAAUUCCAAAUUCAGUAGAAUCUUCUCUUUCAAAUGACAAAUUCCUAGACAUUCACAAAUCAUUACCUGACAUUUUUGCUUGUGAACCUAUCAGUCCUUUAUAUUCUUCAGCUUCUAGCGAAAGUGAACGUCCCAUGUCCCUUGUGCAGUCCCGAGUUCAAUCAUUUGAACAAUCAGCUAAGAGUGAAUCUAAGUCAUUGAAGCAAAUUCCAUUGAAACCAGCCUCUGAACAAAAUUCUGAUUCUGUUAAAAGUUCAAUUGAGAAUUUAAGUAGUAUAAAUGGAGAUUUGAGUCGCAUCAGUUCUCCUAGCAAAGAUAGUUCUCCAGUGGCUAAUAGUGCAUUUAAACCUAUAGGAAUGGCUACUGCUUUCCGUCCAGUGCGACAAAGAAGUUUGGAAUCAGAUGCUCUUUUUAUUGAAAAUUCAGGAUUUGAAGAUGAAAAAAAAACUUCAUUUGAAACAUUAUUGAGUGAAAUGGAUAAGUUGGUGAAAAAAGUAGGAAAGGUGAUUGAGCUAUCACAGGAGAAAUUUGUUGCAAAAGUUAAACAGCUAAAUGAAGAGAAAUCUAACCUACAAGAUGAAAUUCGAUUAAGCAAGAAAAAACAGUAUGAACUGCAAACAGAACUGAACAAUAGGGAUUACUUAGUUGAAAGAGCUAAUGGAAAAGUAGAAGAGCUUUUAUUGCAAUUUAAAAAAGUCCAAGAAGAAUUUGCUGAAGAAAAAGAGGCUCUUACACAAAAGAACUUGUCACUUAAGGAACAAAUUAAAUGCUUAGAAGCUGUUAAUGAAGAGCAGUCCAAUCAAAUUACAAAUGAAGUCAAACAGAUGAUAGACGUUGCAACCUCAGAUCCUAAUUGUGAAUUUGUAUCAAAUGCUCAAGCCAUAUGUGAUAAAUUGAAUUUAAAGCAAGAGAUUGCUAAAUUGAAAGCUACAUUGUCUCAAAAAGAAGCUGUGUUGCAGCAACUUGCUCAGAAAUACACAAGAACUACUUCAAAGCUCGAAUCUAAUUUAAGGAAAGCAGAAAAAGAAAUUCAAGUUUUAGAUAAUGUUAUUGAAAAAGUUUUUACUACUCUAGAAACCAAUUCAGAAUUAGUUGAGAAGAAUGAAGAUUUAAAAAAUUUACUGUCACUAGUCAGUGGAAACUGUACUUUAUCAAAUAUUAACUCCAAACAGGAAAAAUAGUAACUAAAUUGUAGGAUUUGAAGUUUUAUUACUUUUAUGCAUGACUCUUUGAAAGGGCAUGAAAACUACUUAAUGUGAUUUUUGUAUAAUUUAGCCUGCAUAUAUAAUUCUGUCUUUCUCGCAUAUAUAUACUGUAUAUGCUUUUUUGUCAGGAUAUAAAGACUUGUUUCUUUAUUUCUUUUAUUGAGAAGAAAUUGGUUUAAGACUUAAGAUAUAACCAAACAGAUUUGAAUCCUGAUAUUUUUAAGCACAAAAUUUCAUGACAAAAUAAAAUAUCUGAAGAUUUUGUGGAUAUUGUGUAUAAUUUUUUUUCUGUGAAAGUGUGUUGCAUUUCAUAGACAAAUAGACUUAUGCAGAAAAAUAGAAGAUGGACUCUUUGUGAUAAUACUGAAAUCACUUGAAUCUAAUUAUAAAUUGAUAAAAAAUUAAUUGAAUAUUUCUAUUUUUAUUUGAAAGAAAUUUUAUCUUUCAAAAUAAUUCUUGUGUUAUCUGAUUUUUACCCCCCCCCCCUUGAUCAUUUAUAUUUAUACUUUUGUAUAUCCCUUACCUUCCCCCCCCCCCUUCUUUUAAUUAUUCUAUAAAAAUGAUUUUGAAAUUUUGAAGGCAUGAGCUUUAUUUUCAUUGGAAAUAUUAGUAUAAUUUUAACAUUGCCAGACAUUCUUCUGUGGGGAAUUGUUUUAACUUUUUAAAACCAUUGAUAAGAACAAUUUUAUAUGCAGCUGUAUUUCUGUGACAACCAAAUUGAUUAUUGUAAUCUAUAAUGAAAAUUAUUUGAUCUAUUUAAAAAAAAAGUUUUAAAGAAAAAUAUAUAAUUUAUCAUGUUUGUAGAUAAAUUUAUCUAUUCUUAUAAAUUGUAAUCUUACUCUUUUAUAUAUCUCAACAAAGUAUAUGCAUUCUUAAUUAUAUAAAUUUUUUUAGUAAUAAUUUUAGAAUCAUAGAAUUAAUACAACUUAAAAAGUAUCUAACAUUUCUUUAACACUGUUGCUUUCAUUAUUUUUAUAUGUUCAUCUUUUUUCCAAAAUACAUUUUUAAAAAUAUUAAUUUCUUUUAAAUAUGAUAUUAGAAACUGGAGUAGACCAUCACACAAUUUUUAUAAGUUAAACUAAACAUUAUUAUUGUGAUAGGAACUAUAUUUUCUUUCAAAAUUGGAGUAGAGAAUUGGAUGCCUGAUUUCAGGUAAAAGCAUUUGUUAAAGGAUUCUUUUUAAGUAUUCGUAAAUUUUAUGCUUUGGGCUUUGAGUGAAAAUUUUGGGUUAAUUUUCUUUUAGUUCUCAAUGUUUCAUGUAUUUGGUACUCAAAGAAAUAGAAUGUAGAGAAUUUCAGACAGUCAUUUCUAUUAAUCAAAUUGUUGAAGCACUAUUUUUGGGUUAUUUAUAAAUGUAUUUAUUUUUCUUGUAAUAUUAUUGUUCCUUUAAGUGCCUGUAAAUAAUUUUAUUAAAAACUGGUAAAUUAAAUCAUUGUAAUCUUUUAGUAAUAUCCGUCCUGAUAAAAAUAAAUGUUAGCAAAGAUGAAGUGCCCUUUUUAGGUAGGAAUGUUAAAUACAAUUUUAAUCAUUAUUUCUUUAACUAGGCAUUUUCAACUUAUUUAAUUUUUUUUUAUAUUAUAAAUACUUCUAAUAGUUUCCAGAAAAACUAAUAAUAUUUACAUUGUUUUUAAUGUAUAGUUAAAAGUUUUAUCAAAUUAAAAGCGUUUUAUCAAGCGUUCUGAGCCCAGUUCUGCUGAUUUUGAUGUUUUUUUAAUCAUAUUUAUACAAUUUUGGAUAAGUAAAGUGUUAUGCUUAAAUCAAAAGGCAGGGAACUGCUCACAAAAAUUAAAAUACAGCAAUUUAUAUUUUUCAAGUUGGAACUUCUUUCAACUCUUCGGUAAAAUGUAACAUUUUUAUUUAUGAUAAAUUAGCUUUUAUGUACAAAUUUAAGAAAUAAAAUGAAAUAUUUUAAGAUUAAUAAAAUUCUAUUUAAUUUAAUUUAAAUUGAAUUUUAUGUAGAUUUUAAUUUAUAUGUUGCUGUUCUUUAAAAGACAUUUUUAUACUUUCUGUGCACUUAAGUUUAAUUUUCCGAAACUAUUAUUAUUAACUAACUACUGAUUUAUUUUGCUUGUAUCUCUUGUUUGCUUUCAGUAUUUGGAGGACAUUUUGAUUUUUCUGCAUUCAUCAUAAUUAACAUGUCAUACUUCUAUUGUUUUUGUAUUUGUUUCCUUUUGUUAUACUUGUGCAUGUUUUAAAGCUUUUUUUUUAAAUAUAAAUUUCAAUUUUGUUGAAAUGUUCUUUUCUAUUUCUUGGGCUUA